AUUUACCAUUCUUGUUCGCGAAAAGCAACAAAAAAAAAAAAAAAAAAGUGCCGAUGCCAGUCCAGGAACUCAACGCGCGUGUACAACACCUCACGGUAUGCUGCAACGGCGGAGAAGCUGACGCCGAGGGCCGGGUGUGGUCGGAGAUCAGGGACGAGGCGAAGCGUGACGCCGAAUCGGAGCCGGCGCUGGCGAGCUACCUCUACUCCACCAUAGUUUCUCACUCCUCCCUGUCUCGCUCCCUCUCCUUCCAUCUCGGAAACAAGCUCUGCUCCUCCACCCUCCUCUCCACGCUCCUCUAUGAUCUCUUCCUCAACACCUUCUCCUCCGAUCCCUCCCUCCGCGCAGCCACCGUCGCCGACUUGUGCGCCGCCCGUGUCCGCGACCCUGCUUGCAUUUCCUUCGCUCACUGCCUUUUGAAUUACAAGGGCUUCUUAGCCAUUCAGGCUCAUAGGGUGGCACAUAAGUUAUGGCUACAGAACAGGAAACCAAUAGCUCUGUCACUACAAUCUAGGAUAGCAGAUGUGUUCUCGGUGGAUAUACAUCCUGCAGCAAGGAUAGGCAAAGGGAUAUUGCUGGACCACGCGACUGGAGUGGUGAUUGGAGAGACAGCAGUCGUGGGGAACAAUGUGUCCAUGCUACAUCAUGUGACAUUAGGUGGAACCGGGAAGACUAGUGGUGAUAGGCAUCCUAAAAUUGGAGAUGGAGUCUUGAUUGGCGCUGGGGCAACCAUACUGGGAAACGUAAAGAUUGGUGAGGGAGCGAAGAUAGGAGCUGGGUCAGUGGUGCUGGGUGAUGUGCCACCAUGGACCACGGCGGUUGGAAGUCCUGCAAGGCUCGUGGGUGGGAAGGAACAGCCUAAAGUUCAUGAAGAUGUCCCUGGGGAGUCCAUGGAUCAUACUUCGUUUAUAUCUCAGUGGUCUGACUACAUUAUUUAGUGUGUGCUCUCAAGAAGAAAACCAUGGUAGUGUUGACCUGGUGUCAACUUGAUGAGAAUAUUAAUAUUGAAAUGUAAUUUUCUUGUAAACUAGGUGAGAGUUUAUCUCAUGUAGGAAAUCGGAAUGUGUUUCAUAGGAUCCAUGAAGGUUGGUGUCAUGUCUAAAGAGAGGAAGCUUAUUCCCAUAGGAGACCCCAAGAGGCAGAAAACAAAACAUUCCAAUAAUCAAAAUUAACUCUGAUCUUUUGAGAACUA